AUGAUAGACACACCUAAAGAUAUUCACCUAUUCUGGCAUACAUUUAAUACCAAAAAUGUGUGGAUUUCAUCAUUUGAAAAGAUUCUGUUCAGUUUUGUAGAUAUGUUAGCAUGUGUUUUUAUGUAAAAAUUGGUCAAAUCUACUUUUUUAUUGAACUUAUGGAUUUUCAACCCUUUGACAAUCUAAGUCUCGACUAGAGGGUCAUCCGAUACCAUAAUAGUGCUUUUAAUUUAUGUCAUACUGUAUUUACUUAAGAAAGAGAGUUAUGUUUUGGCUGCACUUAUAUACGGGUUUACUUCUUUAUAGAUUCUCAUUAGCCAGAAAGAAUGUAAGAUAAAUGAUAUAUUAAUAUAUUUGGGUUUAAUUAGCGGAUUGUUCAUAGCCUUAUUGAUAUUUUUCCACUUAAUCUAUGAGGAAUUCCUCUACCAAACAUAUCUCUAUCAUUUUACAAGGAUUGACAAUAGACAUAAUUUUUCUACUUACUUUUAUCAGAUAUAUUUAAGCUUUGAAUCCAUCACUAGGACUCAAACAACAUUGACUUACCUGCCCAAAUUUUUGAUAGUAAUCUUAGCAGGUUUGAAAUACUAUAGAGACUUACCGUUUGCCAUGUUGAUUCAAACUCUUGGGUUUGUUGUGUUUAAUAAGGUGUAGACAGCCCAAUAUUUUGUGUGCUGGAUUGCAUUGAUUCCAUUGGCACUCCAGAAUACCAAGAUGAAUAAUAAGGAGAUAUUGAUGUUGUCAGUUAUUUGGUUGAUUUUGGAAGUGCAAUCGAAUUUUGGAUCUUAUUAUCUUGAGAUACAGGGGAAGGAUGUAUUUACAAUGAUCUUUGUUUAAUGUGUUAUAUUCUUCUUGUCGAAUACUUAUUUGAUGAUAAAAAUGAUUGAAAAUCGCAAGCCAAGUGAGAUUUAUAAGAUUAAAAUGGAUUGA